AUGCAGUGUGUUACAACAGUCAGAUAUUCCUUCUUGGUCCGGGGAAAACCAAGAGGGUGGGUAGUCCCUACUCGGGGACUUAGGCAAGGAGAUCCCUUAUCCCCUUACCUAUUUUUACUUGGGGCUGAAGGUUUCUCCGCUCUUCUUCAAAAGAAACAGAGUGAUGGUCUUCUAUCGGGUAUUGUGGUUUGUCAGGAUGCACGCUCAGUUAAUCACCUUCUUUUUGCUGAUGAUAGUAUGUUAUAUGCUAAUGCGGCGUUGGAGGACUGUUAUCAAAUACAGGAAGUGAUUGAAACUUAUGGACGAGCUUCAGGUCAGCUGGUGAACUUCAACAAGAGCUCAGUAGUUUUCAGUAAGAAUGUUACGGACUAUAUGCAAGGGGAGGUGGCUGGUCUUCUGGGAGUUGAAGUGGUGGACUUUCAUGAAAAAUAUUUAGGUCUACCAACCUAUGUAGGAAGGAAGAAGUCUGCUACUUUCCAGUAUAUUAAGGAGAAUUUGGCCAAGAAAUUGAAAAAUUGGCAGGGUAAGUUCUUGAGUGGUGCUGGCAAGGAUAUUCUUAUCAGAGUCGUGGCGCAAUCUUUACCAACCUAUGCCAUGAGUGUUUUUCAACUCACCAAAGGCUCUAAGGAAGAGGGUGGUCUGGGUUUUCGAAGCUUGGAAGAUUUUAAUUCUGCUAUGCUAGCAAAACAGGCAUGGAGGAUCAUUAAUCAUCCCAAUUCCCUAAUUGCACGGAUUUAUGCGGCAAGGUAUUUCCCUUCGGGUUCGUUUUGGACUGCGGGGAUGCAUGCGUCGUCUCCUUCUUACUCUUGGAGAAGCAUCUUGUCUACAAGGGAAUUAAUUGCUGAAGGUUUCUGUUGGCAAAUUGGUAAUGGUGAGAGGGUGAAAGCUUGGUGUGAUCCUUGGAUACCGGGACUUCCAUCUUUUAAACCGGAAUUGCCAGCUAACAGUGGGGACAUUACACUCAAGGUUAGUGAUCUUUUUCUUACAGAGCAUUCUUGGGAUGAAAGGAAAAUUCGAAAUUUAUUUUCCGCCAAUACGGCAGAGGCUAUCUUAUGUAUUCCUCUAAGCUCUAGAAGAGCUGAGGACAGUGCUACGGUGGUUGAAUGGCUCAAUCAUUGUGCUGGGAAGCUUUCGAAACAUUCCUUUGAGGAGCUACUUGUUCUACUCUGGAAUAUCUGGAAGGAAAGGAACAAGAGGGUCUGGGAGCAAAAGAGUACCGAAGCAAAUGAUGUGGUGAUUCGUAUGAGUACUAGCCUUGCUGAGUACCGCCGUCACAAUGUCCAUACUAGGAAAACUGGGGUUAAUGUAGCUCGAUGGAGGUGUCCUUCCAUAGGGGUUUUGAAAGUCAAUAUUGAUGGCUCGUUUCAUGCCGGCACGAAGCUGGGCGGUUUGGGAUUCAUUAUCCGAGAUAAUCAGGGGGUGGUGAUUGCAGGUGGUGUACGGCCUCGUUAUCAUCUAUUCUCGGCUGAACAUGUAGAAGCAUUAGCAUGCUUGGAAGUAGUCAAGUUUGUCCUGGAGCAUAAUUUGAACCCGGUUAUUAUUGAGACAGAUUCUCAGGUUGUUCAGCAACAAGUUUCUCUGUCAAGUGUGGUAAACUCUUCUGUUAUAGGUAGAGUUUAUGAGGAUAUUAUAGAGCUGUUUUCCCAUUCUCCAAAUAUGAAGAUCAUUCAUACUAAGAGAGAGGCCAAUCAGGUGGCGCAUAGGUUGGUAGCUCAUGCAACAACUCUUCCCCAAGCAAGCACUUUCUUUUCUCCUCCUAGCUUUCUUAUGGCUGCACUUGCAGCUGAUUCCAUUAUAAUGUAA